UCCGUGACGAAUUCAGAAACGGUUAUUUGAUUGUGGCUUUCUGAAAAACAAUAAAUGUUUACAUUUAGGCACUCCUUGCAAUCGUCACACUUUUUCUGUUACAAACUGACCCGGCCGCUCAUCAGAGAAGGAAAAAGUUAUGUGGCCCUCACAGGAAAAAGUUUGGGGACCCCUGCUUUACAUGAAAUGUUUUGAUGACAAAAAAUGUUUAAAAUCGAUUAUGUUGUUCUAGAAUGUAAAAACAGUAGCACCCAGUGGAGAGUUUAUGAACAGCAGUAUUUCAUUGUUGUUGUGAUUUAACCACCAGUCCACUAGAUGGCAGUAAAUGAUCAUUUAAAUAGGGUUUAAACAUACAUUUAUUCGAUGUAGUUUGUCAGUUUGGUCAGAAUUUAAAUGGACAUUAGCGAAACAGCUUUUUAAUGUUUUUUUUAAAUGAACAUAAGGGUGAUUUUCAAGGCUCCUCCUUACUGACGAGCAGGCUGGUGCUGCUGAGGUUGAGCAGCUUGAGGUCUUUGGACUGCAAGAAGUGCUUGGGCCGGAGAUGUUUGAUGUUGUUGCCGGACAGAUCCAUCUUCACGAUGUCGGAAGGCAGCCCGGACGGGACGUUACUCAAACCUGCGAGGAAAAGGUGGAGUCGUUAUUCCAGGUGUCGCGAGAUGGAAACCGAGGUUGGAAAGGAAGAGGACACCCCUGAUGCGUCACUUUUAGAAGCAACGACUUUUCAGCGUCUAGAUGAGAUGCUGUCACUAGGCAAAAUCAGUCACACCAAAGUGGACAAGUUGAAAGCAAUCUACAGGCGACUCAGUGAUGAAGUGAAACGUGCCCAGAAUUCAGAGGCCCUUCUUUUCGAAAAAGCGAAGAGACUCCGUGCCGAUCUAAGAAAGCUGCAAUCAGAAUUGGAGAAAAAAGAAGAUCGGGGCUGCUCCGAGGAGCCCACGAGCGAGUCGGGCAAGCUGAGGCAGCAACUCCUGCAGGCAUUCGACCAACUGAGAGCAGCCGAGGACAGAGACUACAUGACACAGCACCAGCUCAAAUGGCUCAGGGAAGAGAAGCGGUAUCUAUUGACAGAGAACAACAUUCCGCAGGAACUUGAUGAAGUGGAGAACGGCACAAUCACCCUGCAGGAUAAAUGUGAGAAAUUGAAAAAAGAAGUGGUCCACAGGCAAAUUGAAAUCAGAUGUCUGAAGGAUGACAUGGAAUCAUAUCAAAUACAGACACGAAUAGAAGAGAAAGAGCUGGAAGAAGCAAUGAAAAUCAUGCAACUCAAAGAGGCGGAGAAAGCUGAGCUCUUCGCCGCACCUGAACAGAUUUUAAAAGAGAUUGGAGAGAAACGCUCUGAGAGGGAAGCUGCAGUAAAGACAUUGGCAGCGAUGGACGCCCAGUGUUCAGACGUGAAGCAGCAAACAAAGGAGGUGGAGGAGCAUAAUGACCUUCUCAGGGUGCAAAAGGAGGAGUUGGCCAAGGAGCUGGAGGGUCUCCAGGCCCAAGUGGAGGCCAGCCAGAGUAAGUGCAGUGAGCUGCAGAAAGAGAUCGAGGUCAUCAGGGAAGAAGAAGCAGAACUCAUAGGGCAGAGAGGGAUUCUAGAAAUGAAGAUGCAGGGUAUCAUGUCCGAGCAAAAGCUACUACGUGAGAAUUAUGCUGUGCAGCUAAAAGAGAAAAAAAGGCAGAUGCAGGCCUUCAAGAGGAUGGAGCGUGCUCUAGCCAUGGCCACGGAGCAGCUCCAACACACGCAAUCAACCUGCGCAGACUUGCAAGCACAGUUGGACGCUCUUCCGAAAAGAGAGCCUGCUCAAGCGCAGAGGAUGGCGCUUCAGAAGGAAGUGGAUGCUCUCAAAGCGAGCGUUGAAAAACAGUUAUCGAAAAUCCCAAAGGUGAGCCAAAUUCAGCAGCAGUCUGGGAUUAUUCAGGAGCUGUUGAGGCAAUCUGAUACCCUGAGAGAAGAACUACAUCACCUUCAAUGUCUGACAUACAUCAAAGCAGAAGAAAGAGGCCAGAAGCACCGUGAGAUGCUACGAGCCGAGCAAAUGAAGCGGCACGUCGAACAGGAGCUGCGAGAGAAGAAGCUCAUCACGAUGCACCACAGCAAGCUGAGUGCCAUGCUGCAGCGCAGAGUGCUACAGUAUGGCCAGCUUUGCGAGGGGAUCACAGAAGAGAAAAAUAAGUAUAUCAAGCUGAAACAGAGCGCAUCGCAGACCAUCACAGAGAUGAUGGAGCAUGUGAAGGUUCUUCAAAACCAGCUGGAGAUUCAAAAGAGUAUUGUCAUCAAGAAGGACAAAUUGCUAAACAAAGCUCAGAAGAAGGUCUCUAAUAGUAACAAAGUCAGAGAAAAACUUCGCGACACUAUCAACAAGGUUGCUCGGCAAAUCCGUCAAGCCAUUCAGGAGCGAGAAGACAACGAAGUGGAGUUAAAGAGGCUCAGGCAAACCAUCAGUUUCCAGGAGCAAACGCUCAUUGACGUGAGCAAGAACCAGGAAGUAGCGGUUCAGCGGCGCAAUUUUCUCGGCAUUCAGCUGCUAGAGCGCGAGGAGGUGUUGUUCGACUACCAGGAGAAGGUCAACUCGCAGGAGGCGGCCAUCACCCAGAGGGAUGCAGAGAUGCAGGGCAUGGGGAAAGAAAUGAGAGACCUGAAGGUGCUCAUAAGUGAGGAGAAGAGGCGGAUCGGUUUCAAGAAAAAGGAAGUGAUGGUUCAGAAGAAAUUGGAAGAGGAACUCAUCAUGCUGCAAUUGGAGAUGUUGGAGGCCAGAGAUCAAACGCUGGAUAAUUUGACAAAAAACACAAAUUACAAAGAGCUCAAAGGCUGCGAUCUAUCGUCCCCUGAACUGGUCAAAAAGAUCGAAAAGCUGGAGGCAGACUUUGCCGAGAGGGAGAGGCAGGUUUUGGAGAAACGACUCCUUGUGGACCAGGUGACGCGUCUCUCAAAGAAUCUACAAGAACAGAACGAAAUCUGCAAACAAGACAAACUGUCGCUGGCCAAGAAGCUGAAUGAGCUGCGGACCCAGAUAAUCGACACCAGUCGCCGCUUGAUGGCUACGUCGGCAGAACUGUCAAUGAAGCAAGCGGCCGUUUUGUGUCUACAGCAGGAAGUCAAAGAGAGAGAGCUUCAGAUGGACAGGUGCCAGAGGCGUUUGGAGCAAGGCCUGCCUCCCUGCCCCGAGAUGGAGGAAGAAUGGAGGCGGAUGCUCCGGGACAAGAAGAGGAGACAGCGAGACAAAGAGGAGCGAGAGCGGCUGGCAGACAACGACGAGUGGAAGCUACUGCCGAACGGACAGUACACCACGGCGGAGAGUCGACCCGAUGCCUACAUCCCCCACGAGGACGCUCUGCCUCUGCCUAAACCUUACGGAGCGCAGGCCCCCUUUAAGCCCACCCAACCAGGUGCCAACAUGAGACACAUACGCAAACCAACUCACCUCAAGCCACUCGAACUGUAGAGAACACAAUGAAAAAAAAAAAAAUCAUUAAAAGUCGUCUGUUUUCCAUUACUGUGCUUCCCUUUUAGCUGGCUUCAUCUGGUUGUAAUUGUGUUCUACUUUUUCUGUAUUUACAGCUCAUUUACACAACGUUUGUCGUGAAAUGAGAGUGCGAGUUUUCGGAAUAUUUUACCAUUUUUUGCCUGCUAAUGUUGCCAUCUAUGAAUGCAUUGUGGCGGGUUUAAGCCGAGAGCUUAAACCCUGAAAGGAGAAAUGUAAAUACGGCGAGGAUGAUCACACAGUGGAAGAGAGUAGACAAUAAUGGGGAAAAAAAAAAAAAACUGGAGAAAUUCAAGGUGGUGCCAGAAGACAUAAGAACACUGUAAAUAUUCACUUAGAAGUAAAUAAAAAAAUCUUUAUUUCUGUUCUAAAAGUAGUUGCCAAUGAAUAGCUGUACUUUUUCUUUCCAAAAUAUACUUGCAUUUAAUAAAGCGAUCAGAUGUGGUUAAGAAUUCACUGCCAUUGACGGUGAUAUAUGCAGCUUAUGAGUUAAAGCAACACUUGGUAAUUUUUCAACCAUUAUAAAAUAUUUUCUAGGGGUGUCAAACGAUUAAAAUUUUUAAUCGAGUUAAUUACAGCUUAAAAAUUAAUUCAUCGUAAUUAAUCGAAAUUCAAACCCUCUGUCAAAUAUGCCAUAUUUUUCUGUAAAUUAUUGUUGGAAUGGAAAGAUAAGACACAAGAUGGAUAUAUACAUUCAACAUACGGUACAUAAGUACUGUAUUUGUUUAUUAUAACAAUAAAUCAACAAGAUGGCAUGAACAUUAUUAACAUUCUUUUAAAGCGAUCCAUGGAUAGAAAGACUUGUAGUUCUUAAAAGAUAAAUGUUAGUACAAGUUAUAGAAAUUAUAUAUUAAAACCCCUCUUAAUGUUUUCGUUUUAAUAAAAUUUGUAAAAUUUUCAAUCAAAAAAUAAACUAGUAGCCCGCCAUUGUUGAUGUCAAUAAUUACUUACACAAUGCUCAUGGGUGCUGAAGCCUAUAAAAUCAGUCGCACCCAAGCGCCAGCAGAGGGUGCCAAAACUCCGCAAAACACACCAGGGUACACAUUUAACUGUGCUGUCAUUUUAAUCUCUUUUAGCGGGGCAUCUGUGCGUGAAUUGCGUCAAAUAUUUUAAUGUGACUAAUUUAAAAAAUGAAUUACCGCCCGUUAACGCGAUAAUUUUGACAGCCCUAAUAUUUUCAUUACAUUUGUGAUGAUAUGUCGACUGACAGCUAGUUAGAUGACACCUCUUUUAUAUCUUGAGGGGGUCUGUAUUAGGGCUGGACGAUAUGGCCAUAAGUACCGAUCACGGUAAAUUGAGCAGAUUUGCCUCGAUAACGAUAAACGACGAUAAAUUCGCCCAAGCAGACUGUUAUAUACAGUGGGGUCCCAGGCUUCAACUGGGACCAUGUGCUUUGGUCAGAUGAGACCAAGAUUGAGCUUUUUGGCAACAAACACUCUAAGUGGGUCUGGCGUGCCACGAAAGAUGCGCAUGCUGAAAAGCACCUCAUACCCACUGUGAAGUAUGGAGGUGGGUCAGUGAUGCUGUGGGGCUGUUUCGCUUCCAAAGGCCCUGGGAACCUUGUUAGGGUGCAUGGCAUCAUGAAUGCUUUGAAGUACUAGGACAUUUUAAAUCAAAAUCUGUUGCCCUCUUCCUGAAAGCUGAAGAUGGGUCGUCACUGGGUCUUUCAGCAAGACAAUGACCCUAAACAUAUGGCCAAAUCUACACAGAAAUGGUUCAGCAGACACAAAAUCAAGCUCGUCCCAUGGCCAUCUCAAUCCCCAGACCUUGGUUUGUUGGCAAAAGGGGGUUGUACAAAGUAUUAACACCAGGGGUGCUAAUAAUUGUGACACACA